AUGCGUGUAGACGGUGGCAUUGAGGUGAUGGGAGAGAGUGAGAUUGUCACGGAGCCCUACAACAGUGUCAGUCAGCUCAGCUACGACCUCUCGCCUGAGACUCCCUUGUCCACCUCAAAUCGACGAUACCCACCGCUUCAGCUUGCAGCCUUGAAGCCACCCAACUGUGGGUCAUCUUCAAGAUCAACGCCAUCGAAGAUGAAUCGAAACUUGACCGAAUCCUCCGCUAUAAAGGCGUCACCUUUGCAAGUACUACAAAGUCAAGGACUUUCUGUAAUUGUGGAAUGGAUGCAGAGCACUGUGGAGCUCUAG